AUGGAACACAUUAUCGACAUUGCAGUGGGAAAGUCUGAUAGUACACCCACUAAAGUCGAUAUGAAUUUAAAGAUAACAAAAGCAAAACAUGGCGUUAUUGCAGAGAGAAACGAAUCGGUCAAUAAUUGGUCACUGUACUGUUAUUUUCGUAAUUGGUCUUUCACAUCUCCAUCCAUGAAUGGUGAACAUGAAAUAACCGUACAAAUAACAUGGACAUUAACUGAAUCACCAAAUUUAUACAUCCAAAUGUCAAAUUUCUUGAUGAAUCAAUCGCUGAGUGAUGUGACAAUUGUUAUCGGUAGAAAGAAAAUUUUCGCUCACAAGUUGAUUUUGUGUGCAGCUAGUCCAGUUAUUCAUGCAAUGCUAACUUCUCCCAUGAAAGAAGCAGCAGAAAGUCGUAUUGUCAUAAAAGAUGUAGGAUUUGAUGUUGUUAAAGCUGUUCUCAAACUUCCGUACACUGGAAAGGAUUGGAGAUUUGAUGAUAUUGAAAUAGCCAUAGGGGGCUUAAUGUUCGGUGAGAAAUACGAUAUGGGGAAAUUGAAGGACCUUUGCGAAAGCAAGUUACUCAAAAACUUGAAGAUUGAAAAUGUGUUUGAAAUUCUUGAUGCUGCUGACACUCAUCGGGCUGAGAUGUUGACCAAGAAGUGCAUGAAAUUCAUCCUCGAUAACAAGAAGGAACUUAUUCAUAAAGAAUCUUUCAAGGAGUUUUAUCUCAAAAAACCUCUGUUGAUGCUGCAGUUCAUGAAGGAAGUCAUUGAUCCUACAGGAAGUUAAUCGAUAGAAAAGCAAAAAUGUAAUUUAAACUUUUCAACAUCACCAUUCAAUCCACGGAAAAACUGUGUCCAAAAUAUGCAAAACUAUGAAUGCAAAAUAACAAGGGACAUUUUUGUUUCUAGCGUCUACUUGUGGGACAUCAAUAACUUCAGCAUUUUCUUAUCUCUCGAGGGAUAACGUAGAGAAGACCCUAAAAUUAUCGAUACUCUAUUCAAAUGCGUCUAUAGAAGCAACUUUAAGAAUUAUUUUGAUUUUUAUUCCCUAUAUGCAAUUCUUAAUAU